AUGGAUCACAGAAGUGCAAGGGAUAAGGAUACUGAUGUUGAUCUUGAAAGUGGAUUGCCUCUAAUUGGAGAUGAUUCAAAUGAAGUCUCUCCUCUUAGUAGUUCGAAACAAGGAAAGACAUUAUUUACUAAGAUUUCUGGUGGGUCUGAUGGAGGUUCUGUUAAAGGUGAAGAUGAGCCUAAUUUAUACUGCAAUAAGUUAAAUGUUAGUGAAUUGUCUGUGGAUGUGACGAAAGUCAUAAACAAGCCAAAGAUGGGGAAAGAUUCAGUGAAACGUUUGGAGCAGAUCCCAGUAAAGGAGAAACGUAAAAAGGCAUGUAAUAAGAAGGCUCCCAAACCUCCAAGAUCUCCACAGCCUCCAACAUUGGAUGCAGCUGACCAUAAGCUAAUCAGGGAGCUAUCUGAACUUGCCAUGAUGAAGCGUGCAAGGAUAGAGCGUAUGAAAGCCUUGAAGAAAAUAAAAACUGCUAAAUCAUCAUCCUCCAACGGCAGCAGCAUUUUGGCUAUGGUUUUCACUGUUAUCUUCUUUAUUGUGAUAAUAUUCCAAGGCGUGUCAUCUAGAGAAAGCUCAGUGGCAAGUUUCCAGGGAUCUCCUCUAUCCACAGGAGAAUCAGAGGGUGGUUUAAUUUCUGUUCAGUACCAACUCAAUCCAUCUACAAGUGAUUCAAAUGCUCCUGGUUCAGAAUCUCACAAUUUUGUACAGCAGGUAGCAGGUUCAGAUUUGCCUGAAAAAACUAAGGAGGGAUUCAGGUUAAUGCAGUUUCAUUGA